AUGGCUCAGCACAUUGUAGGAAAUAACAAUAACAACAACAAUAAUAAUAACAAUGGUGGGAACAGCGAUGGGAACAAUGGACAUGGGGAUGGUUCAGUCAACAACAGAGCUGCGAAUCAGCGUACUAUGGUUGGAAUAGCCAAUUCUAGGCCCCUUAUGCAUAACAUACCUCCAAGAAAUAAUCUUCAAGCAGAAAAUGAACCAACACACUCAUUUACAGCAGCUCAGGUUGCUGAUUUGUUCUUCUGUGAGGUGUUUAGGCUACAUGGGUUGCCUAAAAACAUUACAAAUGGACAAACAGAGAUAGUAAAUAAGUGGUUGGAGGGCUACUUGAGAAACUAUGUUUCAAAACAGCAAAAGGCAUGGGAUAUUCUGAAGGCAUUGAAGGACAACUUCCAGAUUGCACAGAAUCAGCAAAAGUUGUAUUCUGAUCAGAAGCGUAUUGAGCGUUUAUUUGAGGUUGGUGAUAUGGUCUACUUGAGACUACAACCCUUCAGACAGUCUACUCUUAAGAAGAGUGGAGCGGAAAAGCUUAAGCCACGUUUUUAUGGACCAUUCAAGGUCAUUAGGAGAGUGGGAAUUGUGGCUUAUGAGUUGGAGCUACCGACAAGUAGCCGAGUACAUAAUGUCUUCCACGUGUCACGCCUAAAAAAGGCGCUUGGGCACAAUGUGAUAAUCUCUUCCGAUUUGUCUCCUUUGGAUGAAGAGGGAGAAUUGGCACUAGUUCUUGAAGCAAUCCUUGAUGUCAGAGAACGAUUUUUGAGGAGGACCAUCAGAGAGUAA